GAACGAAAGAAGAAGAAGAUGAGCCCCCGCGGUGGUAUAAAAUGUCGAGCCUUUGCUGUCGCGUGGCAUGGAUUCGCCGAACGACGCGCCAGCACCAUAAUGGCUACCAUCCGAGCUCUAUCAGUCUGCCUCGUUGCAAUCGUCGUCCUUGAGGCGCACUUUGCAAUUGCCAUGCCAGCAACAUUCGUCCUUGAACCAACUUCUAAAGAUGUGAAGGAGGAAGAAAAAUCAGGACCAGCCUCGAAAGAUGAGGUUUCCGGACAGUUCAAAAUGCAAGACCUGAAAGAGGAGGACUCUGAUUACAUGGAUGAAAUGACUAUCCCUGAAAUUUCCGUGAGUGUCAGGGUGUCCAUGCCAAGAAGACGAGGACACGCUUCAAGAUUCAGUGGUAAACAUGCCCCAAUGUUUUACCUCGAGGAAGCACCCGAAGAGAAACCCGAGGCCACGGAGGACAAAUCUUCAGAAAAAGAAAAAAAUGACUCAAAGCAAAACAAUGCAAAAGAUGACAUGAAAAACGAAAGCACCAAGGAUGACCUCAAGAAUGAGCGCGAGGCUGCAACUAACCCGCCAGAUUCCACAGAACCUGAACUCAAACUAACCAAAAGAGACCUUAACUCGGUAGAUUUAGAUACGCACGUUUCGGAAGGAACGCACAAAUCUGGAACUGCAUCAGCACUAUUUACAAGAAGUUUGAGCGCUGCUAACGAUGAAACGCAAAAAUCUGGAAUCGCAUCGGCCCUGGUUGGAAGAAGUCUCAGUGCCGCCAACGAAGGCACACAAACAUCUGGAAUCACAUCGGCCCUGGUUGGAAGAAGUCUCAGUGCUGCCAACGAAGACACAAAAACAUCUGGAAUCGCAUCAGCCCUGGUCGGAAGAAGUUUGAGCGCUGCCAACGAAGAAGCGCACACAUAUGGAUCCGCAUCAGCCCUGGUUGGAAGAAGUCUUAGUGCUGCCAACGAAGACAGACAAACAUCUGGAAUCGCAUCGGCCCUGGUCGGAAGAAGUUUGAGCGCUGCCAACAAAGAAGCGCACACAUAUGGAUCCGCAUCAGCCCUGGUCGGAAGAAGUCUUAGUGCUGCCAACGAAGACACAAAAACAUCUGGAAUUGCAUCGGCCCUGGUCAGAAAAAGUUUGAGCGCUGCCAACGAAGAAGCGCACACAUAUGGAUCCGCAUCAGCCCUGGUUGGAAGAAGUCUCAGUGCCGCCAACGAAGGCACACAAACAUCUGGAAUCGCAUCGGCCCUGGUUGGAAGAAGUCUCAGUGCUGCCAACGAAGACACAAAAACAUCUGGAAUCGCAUCAGCCCUGGUCGGAAGAAGUUUGAGCGCUGCCAACGAAGAAGCGCACACAUAUGGAUCCGCAUCAGCCCUGGUUGGAAGAAGUCUUAGUGCUGCCAACGAAGACCGACAAACAUCUGGAAUCGCAUCGGCCCUGGUCGGAAGAAGUUUGAGCGCUGCCAACGAAGAACCGCACACAUAUGGAUCCGCAUCAGCCCUGGUCGGAAGAAGUCUCAGUGCUGCCAACGAAGACACAAAAACAUCUGGAAUUGCAUCGGCCCUGGUCGGAAGAAGUUUGAGCGCUGCCAACGAAGAAGCGCACACAUAUGGAUCCGCAUCAGCCCUGGUUGGAAGAAGUCUUAGUGCUGCCAACGAAGACAGACAAACAUCUGGAAUCGCAUCGGCCCUGGUCGGAAGAAGUUUGGGCGCUGCCAACGAAGAAGCGCACACUUAUGGAUCCGCAUCAGCCCUGGUCGGAAGAAGUUUGAGCGCUGCCAACGAAGAAGCGCACACAUAUGGAUCCGCAUCAGCCUUGGUUGGAAGAAGUCUCAGUGCUGCCAACGAAGACACAAAAACAUCUGGAAUCGCAUCAGCCCUGGUCGGAAGAAGUUUGAGCGCUGCCAACGAAGAAGCGCACACAUAUGGAUCCGCAUCAGCCCUGGUCGGAAGAAGUCUCAGUGCUGCCAACGAAGACACAAAAACAUCUGGAAUUGCAUCAGCCCUGGUCGGAAGAAGUCUCAGUGCUGCCAACGAAGGCAGACAAACAUCUGAAAUCGCAUCAGCCCUGGUUGGAAGAAGUUUGAGCGCUGCCGACGAAGAAGCGCACACAUAUGGAUCCGCAUCAGCCUUGGUUGGAAGAAGUCUCAGUGCUGCCAACGAAGGCACACAAUCAUCUGGAAUUGCGUCGGCCGUAGUCUAAGAAUAUUGAAAUAUGACUGACAGUGAUAGAUACAUUCCAGCAAGCAAAGAUAUUCUAUCGGGCCAAUAUGCAGCAAGAAAUCAAUGAAAAAUGGAUAGGGAUCCUCAUGAUUCCAGUGACCUUCUUGGGUAAAUCAAAAAUGUGCUCUCCUUUUUCUUUUAGAAGUUAUUUUCGUAGAAAAGACCUGUGAUAAGCAGUUACUGUAUCAAAAUCUUAGGUUAAAUACAUAUUAUGUGAUAAGUGAAUUAAGUCAAGCAUCCCUCAUAGUUUGUGGUUAUUUUUAUAUUUAAUUUGAGGAAUGCAAAUAAAUUUAAAAUCAAGUUUUAAAAUACUUACUCCCAACUAGGUAGAGUACCCUUUUUGCAGUCUCACAAAAUGUUUCCUAGUCGAAUUUGCAAUACAAACGUUUAUACAACA